AUGUUUGCGCAUCAUACCGACGUGACCUCAAGAUUGUCUUCAACGGCCUUGAACUACAGCUCCAAAGAGCUGACCUCAGCGCUACAACACAUCCGCACUCUCGUUCUCACAAUCAAUGUCGACGCGUCCGCGGCAGCGAUCCACGACUUGCACCCUCUGAACUGUGUUCUACGUGACGCUUUUGAACACUCCAUAAGACAGAGCGGGAUCCCCAAAGUGGAGCUGACCAUCAACGCUGCUGCAAUCUCGGUCGCGAAUUACGAGGGCCUUCGCGAAUGGCUGUCGCCCGCCGUCGCCAUUGCCCUCAGCGUCCCAGAGUCCACCUUUGCCCUGGAUCAUGAAGUUUGGCCCGACCUCGUCGGAGAGACAGUAUGGCCUUUGUGGCUGAGAAUCCCCAUCGACCCUCAAAACGUCCGCCCGCUUCUCCACACGUUGCAGGAGCUUCGCAAAGAAGUAGAGCUGUUCAACCAACUCCAUUCGGCUCUAAGCUGCAUGCGUAACAGGCAAAGCUGCCGUGAUGUCGAGAGCAUCUUCACGAACACCUUGGAGGGCUUUACGCUCUACCGCCUCAAGGAUGCCGCAACCCUACAGCGAGGCGUCGAUCGUGCGAGAAGUGGGCUUGAUAAGGCUGGGAAGAGUGGAGCUGUGGAGAACGCAGUUGGAGACCUGACGAGCAAACUGGAGCAACUGUUGACACUGCGUGCGACCAGGAAGGCCCAGAGGCGGAGGAAGAGCAAGAGUUAG